CGACCAACGACUGGAUAUCUUCUCCCACGAUCUCUUCACGAUCAGAAUUCUCAACCACGUCGAAAUGAGUGGCCAACAUCCCCUACCGUGGCCUCUACCGGAUGACAACCUUUCCAGCUCUGCCGGUCAGGACUUGCCAUCUACUGAGCUUCGCGCCGGACCCUCUACCCAGCAAGAUGCCGCACGUCCACUUCUAGCCUCAUACCCUCCUGGAUACUAUUAUGCUGCUGUUCAAUUCCAAUAUGCUCGUCUCUCCAGCGUAACUCCACCCUACAGCAACGCAAGCUACCCGUACCCAGUUCCGUGGUCGGCAGCCUACCCCAAUGGAUUCAGCGCCCCAAAAUAUAUCUCGCCAUACGCAGAAUCUGUCCAACCUGCUGCUCCUGAUUCAGACCUGCCUACGACAGUCCCUGCGUCUUCAAUCCCGUCGGAUAGUUCUACCUCUUCUCACAGCCCGCUAACGAAGACUACAGGAGUAAUCCCACCCGAGCUGCCCCCUUCCGUCGAGGAAGCUUAUCGCAAGAAAUGUAUCGAGCUGAAGCAGCGCUUGAACGAGGUGGAGGAAGGCAAUGAUGCUGCACGCCAACGAAUAUCUCGCAUCGGCCGUUCUGUCCAGAAGCUGCGACUUGAGCGUGCCUUUCUACUUGAGCAAUUGGCAAAGCGGACGAGCACCAACGUGGAAGAUUCUGAAGGAAGCCCAAGCCCUCCCCCAACUCCCAAGGAGAAGCCACUGCGCACCAAGCGUGGUCACCGCAAGCCAGACUUCUUGACAACUGAUCUUGGAGAUGGUCGUCCCGGCAGUACUUUCAUACAACAAGGUCCUGUCACUCUAUCGCCAUCCUCAGAUGCCUUCUCGCACACCCACACCCAUCCUGAUCCCCUCCGCAACUCUACCCCGCAGGCCCAAUCACAACCCCCUAAACGUCAGCUUCCUAGCAAUGGAACUCACGCACCAACUGCCCAUUCAACAUCCACACCAUCUCAAUCUCGCCGUCCAAAGAGUCCAUUCGAUUUGUACUGCAACGAGACCAAGCCAAGCUUGGUUGCUAAGACAAAGGAAGAUCCUACCUAUGAUGUAGAAUCUGCUUUGGCCAGGGGAUGGAGCAGUCUGGAUGGCGACAAGAAGGACGAAUACACACGAAAAUUCGAGCAGAUGAAGCGAGGGGAAGAGUUUGAGAAGGAGGGCGGCCCUAGCGCAGCCCAUCCAGCAACUUUUGACGAGGCAGAUGAGGAUAUCGAGAUGGGCGAAGAUGCUGCGACUCCCGGCGGUGCUGAUGCUGGAGGUUUUACGGCCGUCAAU